UCUGUCCAGCGGUAGUAGAAGUGCAGUUUUGCGGAAAAGCAGCGCUGCGUUCAGUUUUUACCUUCAACACUUUAUUCUGCGGAUUAAACUCAGCUCACCUGCGGGGAACUGGUCCUUCAAGACAGACAGCCAUGGCGCUCAGUGAUGCAGAUGUCCAGAAACAGAUUAAACAUAUGAUGGCCUUCAUUGAGCAAGAGGCCAGCGAGAAGGCAGAGGAAAUUGAUGCAAAGGCAGAGGAAGAGUUCAACAUUGAGAAGGGGCGCCUUGUUCAGACUCAGAGGCUGAAGAUUAUGGAGUACUACGAGAAGAAAGAGAAGCAGAUUGAGCAGCAAAAGAAAAUUCAGAUGUCCAAUCUGAUGAACCAGGCCAGGCUGAAGGUGCUUAAGGCUCGGGAUGACAUGAUUAUGGAUCUUCUAAAUGAGGCGCGUAAGCGGCUGGCCGACAUCGCGAAGGACCCAGCUAAGUACUCAACUCUGCUAGAGGGUUUAGUGUUACAGGGCUUUUAUCAGCUGCUGGAACCCAAGGUGACGAUUCGCUGUCGAAAGGAUGAUGUGCCCAUGGUGGAGGCUGCUGUCCAGAAAAACAUCCCCAUCUACAAAGAAGCUGUGAAGAGUAACAUUGAAGUUCGCAUUGACCAGGACAGCUUCCUCUCCCCUAACAUCUCUGGAGGUGUGGAGGUCUAUAAUGCUAAUGGAAAGAUCAAGGUGUCCAACACUCUGGAGAGCAGACUGGACCUCCUGGCCCAGCAGAUGAUGCCUGAAAUCCGUGUGGCUCUGUUUGGAGUUAACCAGAACCGCAAGUUCAUGGACUGACCGGUGUUACUGCCGCCAGAUGAGCCAGGAGGGUGUUGGAGAGGGACUGAAUGCUUUACACUUAAACUGAAUACGACUCUCAUGGAGUUCUGUGCAGGAUGUGCAAGGGCUCACACACACUGUGGAUUUCUCUCAUUCACUUCCCGAAGCUCAGCGGUCCACUUCUCCAUUUUUCACUUCUUCUGCAGUUUAUGCCUGUUGAAAGAACUGACUGGAAAAGUGCUCAGUGUGCUUGUAUUUAUUCAGUAAAACUCAGUUCAGGACCAGGGCUUACUUUACAGGAUGUGUAUGAUACAGUAACGCCCCUGUUUAACUCUUUAAUGUGUACACUCGAUGAUCUAAGCACUUAUCUUCCAUGAGAGAAGCCCACCAUUUACACUGUAGUCAGGCGUAUGGCUGUACUUCUGCUUUCUGACGUCCCUUUCCCAGCCGCUCGCAGGUUCACCUUUUAUUUCUUCUUGCCUUCCAUGUUAGUUCACUAUGUUACCAACUGCAGUGACAGUUUUCUCAAGGAAGUCGGGAUGUUUACUCUGUCCUAUGUGUGGUUUCCUGUGUGAUCCUUCAUUGAAUUGAUUGAUUUUUGUUGUGAUUUUUAAAUCGGAGGAAUAAAUCAAAUACAUUUUAUUUCUAUCUGGAAGCAUUUCAGUAAGACUGGAAAGUCAUGCUAAAAUAAUAUAAACAACAAGCAAAAAAAAAUA